AUGAGCGACGGCGCCAGCUUCCUCGACCUCGCCCACACCCUUCACCAGGUUCACUUCAGCACGUCCGCGUCGUUUGCCUGGCUGUUGUUCGACACGUUCCUUUCGUUUGGAGAGGAGGUCGAACUGAUAUGGAAGUCUGCGAACACCCCGCCCAAGUUCCUCUAUUUCUUCUCGCGGUACUUUGGGCUGCUCUUUCAAGCGCAAAUGCUUCCGCUCGACUGUGUCCCGAAUUUGAUCUGGAGCGGCGUCGCGCUCCAAGUUCUCAUCUUCAGCGUUGAGAUCAGCCUUAUGCUGCGCAUAUAUGCAUUCUAUGGCAAAAGUAAAACUAUCUCAUACGUCCUUUCUAUCGCGUUUAUUGGAGAACUGACGGCCAUCAUUGGGCUAGGCGUGUCCGCCUGGCCACGCUCGAUUCCUUUCGUCACGCCCUUCCCGCCCGAGUGGCCCAUCCGCGGGUGCUUCUACCCACCUCAACCGUCGUUCUACAAGGCCUCGUGGGUCCCUGUCAUGGUGUUCGAAUCGUUCCUGUUCGCACUGUCGCUCUACAAGUGUGCGGCGUACCGCCCGCUGAGGGAGGUCCCCAUCCUCGCGCGCAUCGUGCGCGAUGGGACGAUCUACUAUGCUUUCAUUUUCGUCACGAUGUCUAUCUCCGUCGUCGCGCCGUACGUCACGGACAUCGUCCUCACUGACGUCGCCAACAUCUGGAUCUCGGCGAUCUUUUCCUUCUCGGGUUCGCACCUCCUUCUCAGCGUGCGCAGCCUCGCCGCACAGCGCCGGUCGCUCGACGUGCUCACGCCCGUCAUCUCAGAGGACCUGCCGAUCGCCAGCGGGAGUGGGAGUGCGGGAAAGGACUCGCCGUCAUCGUCGCCGUUGCCGUCGCCCGCGGACUAUGUGCCCACAAAUGUAGGGCAGGACUGCGUGGUGGUGAAAGACUACGCGGGUGCGCACGACGACGUUGAGGCGCGCGCGCUGGAUACGUUCGAGCUCGUCCCCUGGCGCUCUGCGCGCGCGCACGAGUCUCCCUGCGUGUGUGGGAGCCAUGAGGUCGUUGCCCGCGAUGCAGGCUGGGGUGGGAUGAUGAGGCGCGGCACGGCGGGCGACGACGCACGGACGUCUGCUGCGUGA